GCCGAGCCGUCCCCCUGACCCGCGCGCCCAGGCCGCGCCACUGAUCCUCUCCUCCACCCCACCCGCCUCGCUCCGAUCGAGCUUCGGCACACGACGGGUUCGAGGCCCCGACCCGGCCCACCCAAGUUUGAACAAUGAUCACAGUCAACCCCGAUGGGAAGAUAAUGGUCAGAAGAUGCCUGGUCACCCUGAGACCCUUUCGGCUGUUCGUGCUCGGCACUGGCUUCUUCACCCUCUGCUUCCUGAUGACAUCUCUGGGAGGCCAGUUCUCUGCCCGGCGCCCUGGGGACUCGCCCUUCACCAUCCGUACAGAAGUGCUGGGUGGCCCUGAGUCUCGUGGUGUCCUCCGCAAGAUGAGUGACCUGCUGGAGCUGGUCUUGAAGCGUUUGGACACUCUGGCCAGACUACAGAACAGCAGCGAGUCCCGCCAUGCCUCUGGUGACAGGCACGUCGCUGCAGACCGGUUCACCCCUGGGGCCGGCCUCAUGGAGCGGAUCCAGGCCAUCGCCCAGAACGUGUCCGACAUUGCUGUGAAGGUAGACCAGAUCCUUCGUCACAGCCUGCUACUGCACAGCAAGGUGUCUGAAGGCCGCCGGGACCAGUGUGAGGCACCCAGUGACCCCAAGUUCCCUGACUGCUCAGGGAAGGUAGAGUGGAUGCGUGCCCGUUGGACCUCUGACCCCUGCUAUGCCUUCUUCGGGGUGGACGGCACGGAGUGCUCCUUCCUCAUCUACCUCAGCGAGGUCGAGUGGUUCUGCCCUCCUCUGCCCUGGAGGAACCAGACGGCUGCCCGGAAGGCCCCCAAGUCCCUCCCCAAAGUCCAGGCAGUGUUUCGGAGCAAUCUGUCCCACCUCCUGGAGCUGAUGGGCAGCGGGAAGGAGUCUUUGAUCUUCAUGAAGAAGCGCACGAAGCGGCUCACAGCUCAGUGGGCCACAGCUGCCCAGCGCCUGACACAGAAGCUUGGGAGCAUCCCCAGGGACCAGAAGCAGAUCCUCGUCCACAUUGGCUUCCUGACAGAGGAGUCCGGAGACGUGUUCAGCCCGCGGGUGCUGAAGGGCGGGCCUCUGGGGGAGAUGGUGCAGUGGGCCGACAUCCUGGCUGCUCUCUACGUGCUGGGCCACAGCCUGCGGGUUACAGUCUCCCUGAAGGAGCUGCAGAGUAACUUAGGGGUGCCGCCAGGCCGGGGGAACUGCCCGCUCACCGUGCCUCUGCCUUUCGACCUCAUCUACACGGACUACCACGGCCUCCAGCAGAUGAAGCAACACAUGGGGCUGUCCUUCAAGAAGUACCGGUGCCGAAUUCGAGUCAUUGACACCUUCGGGACAGAACCUGCAUACAACCAUGAGGAGUACGCCACGCUGCACGGCUACCGGACCAACUGGGGUUACUGGAACCUCAACCCCAGACAGUUCAUGACCAUGUUCCCGCACACCCCGGACAACUCCUUCAUGGGCUUUGUGUCCGAGGAGCUCAAUGCGACCGAGAAACAGCUCAUCAGAGGCGGCAAGGCCAGCAACAUGGCGGUGGUGUACGGCAAGGAGGCGAGCAUCUGGAAGCUCCAGGGCAAGGAGAAGUUUCUGGACAUCCUCAACAAGUACAUGGAGAUCCAUGGCACUGUGUACUAUGAGAGCCAGCGGCCGCCCGAGGUCCCCGCCUUCGUGAAGAACCAUGGCCUCCUGCCGCAGCCCGAGUUCCAGCAGCUGCUGCGCAAGGCCAAGCUCUUUAUAGGGUUCGGCUUCCCCUACGAGGGCCCGGCGCCCCUGGAGGCCAUCGCCAACGGCUGUGUCUUUCUGCAGUCCCGCUUCAGCCCGCCCCACAGCUCCCUCAACCACGAGUUCUUCCGCGGCAAGCCCACUUCCAGGGAGGUGUUCUCCCAGCAUCCCUACGCAGAGAACUUCAUCGGCAAGCCGCACGUGUGGACGGUCGAUUACAACAACUCCGAGGACUUUGAAGCAGCCAUCAAGGCCAUCAUGAAAACCCAGGUAGACCCUUACCUGCCCUACGAGUACACCUGUGAGGGGAUGCUGGAGCGAAUCCACGCCUACAUCCAGCACCAGGACUUCUGUACAGGCCCAGUCCCUGUCCCACCAGGAUCUCACAUUGCCCAGAGCCACUUUGUCCUGGCUCCCAAUGCCACCCACCUUGAGUGGGCCCCGAAUGCCAGCUCGGUCCCAGGAGCCUGGCCUCCCACCCACUCCCUGAGGGCGUGGCUGGCAGCUCCUGGAAGGGCCUGCACAGAUGCCUGCUUGGACCACGGACUGGUCUGCGAGCCCUCCUUCUUCCCCUUCCUCAACAGUCAGGACGCCUUCCUCAAGCUGCAGGUGCCCUGUGACAGCACAGAGUGGGAGAUGCACCACCUGUACCCGGCCUUUGCCCAGCCUGGCCAAGAGUGCUACCUACAGAAGGAGCCCUUGCUCUUCAGCUGUGCCGGCGCCAGCACCAAGUACCAGCGACUCUGCCCCUGCCGCGACUUCCUCAAGGGCCAGGUGGCCUUGUGCCAGGGCUGCCUGUGAAGCCAGAGGCCACCCUGUCUGACACCAGCCCACCGCAGCUGGCCCUGCCCCGCGCAGGGAGAGCACCAGCAGUUUCCCAGCUCCGGUGUGCUCACCACGCCUCCGGGCUGGAGCCUCCUUACCUUGCUUGGAAGUGGGCAGGGGAGGGCCCGAGCACAGGCCGAGGGCGGCAGCAUGCCUGAGCCCCUGGCACUACCCUAGGGGCUUUCUGUCCUCACCGUGGAACUCAUAGCUAAACCCGUGGGCUGGUCGGCUGGUCCCCUGGGUCCAGAAGCCGUGAGUCAUCCUGAGAAGGGGACCAGCUGGAGAAAUGGCCACGCCAUUCUUGAACCUAGGAUGGGCCUCCUGUUCUGCAAGGCCAGGAAACAGGGUCACAGUGCCCCUCGGUCCACCAGAGGGCAUCAAACGAUGGGGUGCAGGCCUGGGCUGUGUUUGCUGUGAGGUGGACCUAGGCCACACCCUUUCCCAGCAGGGUGGCCAUGCACAUAGGGCCAGCCUGUCCCUCUGGAGUUGUUUGGGGGUGAAUCAAAGGACAGAGGACUGAGGGGCCCUGGGGAAGGAACCUUACCCAUGUUUCUUCUUAGCCCACCCUCCCUAUCCCCUUACUCCAGCCUAUUUCCUGGCUGCUCUCCACAUGGAGAUCCAGAGCUGAAGGUACCAGGACCACCCAGACCCCAAUUAGUUUGCCCCCCCCCCCCGGCCCCGCUCAUUCCAGCUCUCCUCUGGGUCUCUUCUGAGAGCUAUUCAGACAGGGCCUGCGAUUCUAGACCACGGACUCAGGCCUGUCCCUUCUGGGGCAGGUUUUUACCCUCACCUCUGAUAAUGGGCUCCAGAGCCCCAUCAGAGCAUCCCUCAGGCCUCCUGGCACCUCCACGGGUUCUGACACUGCCUCUCACCCCCAUUAGGCCAGGCUGGAAUAUUCUGGAAGUCCAUGGAUCCCUGGCCCAGUUCUGGUUGCUUAAGCCCACCAGCUCCUGGUUCACCCCAUUCAUGCUGACUCCUAGCCCUUCCUUCUGGCCUCCUCUAGCCCCAUACCACCUCCAGGCCAGAGUGCCCAUCUCUGUGUGGCAUGCCGGCCCUGGCCUAGAGUGCUCCUCUCCUUCCCCGCCCCCUAGAGCCUGUCUUAGGUCAGCCAGGCCUGUAGGAACACUGCCACUCCCACUUAGAACCUACCCCUGGCCUCACAGAAGUAACCUUUGGGCCUGGACAGCUGGAGCAGCGGCUGGGCCUGUCUUGGGACCCUCUGGCCUGGCCGGCCGCAGACACCAAGGCUCCAGGAGGCUCCGUGGCUCCUGGGCAUCUGACCUGUCAGCGGGGAAAGCAAUA